AUGGAGGGUUUCAAGGCCGAAGAUGAAGUGGAGGUAGAGGGUGAAUUCUUUAACGAAGGUUCGUCUCAGGAGGAGGAUGAUGAGGGUAUGGAUGGGGGUAGUGAGGUGGACGAGGAGGACGUGGAGGGUGAGGAAAUUACCCCGGCAGAUUCAUGGGAGCCGAUUUCUGCUUUCUUUCGUGCGCACGGUUUAGUGUUUCAGCAAGUAGAAUCGUUUAACUACUGUGUAGCAUAUAGUUUGCAGGAGGUUAUUACGAACCAUCCACCGAUUGCUAUUACGCUUCCGGCGACUCAGAGCGACACGGAAGGUGCCGAUUUCCAGAUCCAGUACCGUUUCAAGUUCACGCAACUGACUUUGUCGAGGCCGACAGUGGAGGAGGCCAGCAAUGAAGGGCGACCUAUUUGGCCACAGGAGGCUCGGUUACGUAACUUGACGUAUAGCGCUCAGUUAUAUGUUGAUGUUAUGCAAGAGACUUUCAAAGUCUACUCUAAUGGGACAGAAGUAAAGGCAGAUUUCCAAAAGUAUCCCCAAGUACCUCUGGGAAGGAUACCUAUCAUGUUACGUUCCGCUUAUUGCUGGCUACAUAAUUUGUCGGAGAUGCGACGUGUGGAAAUGGGGGAAUGUGGCUUCGACCAGGGUGGGUACUUCAUUGUUAAUGGGAUGGAGAAAGUGUUGAUAGCACAAGAGAAGAUGGCGAGUAAUUUUGUGUACGUGUUUAAGAAAAGUAAUAACAAGGUUAGUUGGGUUGCUGAAAUACGCUGUCAACGUGAGGAUAUGCAGGCAACAUCACCGUUUGCUAUUAAAAUCCGUUGUCGAAGUACUGGUAUCAAGAGUAAGGCUGGUGGUCAGAUUGUAUGUGUGCUUCCUUAUAUUAGGUCGGAGAUACCCCUAGUAGUGUUGUUUCGGGCAUUGGGUAUAUUAUCGGAUAAUGAUAUUUGUCAGCGCAUUGUACGUGACCCUAAUGACUAUGAGAUGUUAACAUUAUUGAAACCGAGUUUAGAAGAAGGUAGUUUGUUCUUAACACAGAGUGUGUGCUUGGAUUAUAUUGGACGACGUGGACCAACGGUAGGUGCACCGAAGGAGCUACGUGUGCAAUACGCACGUGAAUUGUUACAUCGCGAGGUCUUAUCACACGUCGGACACACACCCGGCUGCGAAAACCGGAAAGCAUGGUUCCUCGGCAACAUGACGCAUCGACUGUUGCAGGGUGAGUUGGGUCGUGCACAGGAGGAUGACCGUGACCACUUUGGCAAGAAACGCAUCGAUUUGGCUGGUGCUCUGAUCUCCUCUUCUUUCGGACAGUUAUUUCGGAAGAUGGUAAAAGACGCAACGCGUACUUUACAAAGGCAAAUCGAAGGUGGCCGCAACUUCGACUUGGCAGGUGCUAUUCGUAUGACAUCGCCAAUCACCCAGGGACUGAACUACCAGCUCGCCACGGGUAACUGGGGCAAAAAUAAGGAGGGUGCCGUGGUUCGAACCGGGGUCUCACAGGUGUUGAACCGCCUCACCUUCCUGUCUGCGCUUUCCCAUCUACGGCGCCUCAACACCCCGCUCGGUCGUGAAGGCAAAAUGGCCAAACCGCGCCAACUACACAACACGCAUUGGGGCAUGAUAUGUCCCGCAGAAACACCAGAAGGUCAGUCAGUAGGUCUCGUAAAAAACCUCGCUCUCAUGUGUCGUAUUAGCGUUGGUUUUAAUUCGACACAACUUAAGAAUUUCUUAUGGGACUGUGGUAUGCAAGCAUUGGACGACAUGACACCGGCAGAGAUGCAGAGUCAAGUGCGUGUCUUCGUUAACGGGGCAUGGCUAGGAUGUUUCCCCGUUAAUAGUGAGAUCGUGUUGUUCCUCAAGCAACUACGACGGGAAGGCAAGAUCAGUAACGAGGCAUCAAUUGUGUUCGACGCUGCCAAUCGUGAGAUCCGUAUUUUCUCAGAUGCUGGACGUUCGUUGCGUCCAUUAUAUCUGGUCAAGAAGAACAAGUUGGUAAUUAGAAAACACCACAUUCAGUCGAUUGCGGAAUCACAGUCACCCGAUGAUUGGAGCUACUUAGUUAAACAAGGCACGGUCGAGUUCCUAGACUGUGAGGAAGAGGAAGCGGCCAUGGUCGCCAUGUUCGUAGAGGACCUAGAUGAGAAGCGUGCUCCUUCUACGUCUACUCAAGUAGGUUAUUGCAAAACGUAUACCCACUGCGAGAUCCAUCCUUCCAUGCUCCUAGGAGUAUGUGCCACUCUGAUCCCUUUCCCUGACCACAACCAGUCGCCCCGUAACGUUUAUCAGUCGGCCAUGGGGAAGCAGGCUAUGGGAAUUUACAUUAGCAAUUUCAAUCUGCGAUAUGACUCCACCGCUCACGUGCUAUUCUAUCCGCAAAAGCCGUUAGUAUGUACACGUGGCAUGGCGUAUCUGCGAUUCCGCGAACUACCUGCCGGUAUCAACUGCGUCGUAGCUAUAAUGACGUAUACCGGUUACAACCAAGAGGACUCUCUCAUUAUGUCCCAAAGCAGCAUAGAUCGUGGUCUUUUCCGUUCUAUGUUCUUCCGCACAUAUGUUGCUGAAGAACGUCAACGGGGCUCUCUACGUAUUGAGCAAUUCGAAAAACCCGAUCCAGCUACCGCUUUUGGUCUAAAACGUGGCGACUAUAGCAAGCUGGACAUUGAUGGACUUGCUGAACCAGGAUCCUUCGUUCUAGGUGACGAUAUUAUCAUCGGCAAGACUAUGCCAGUUUCAGUGGAAGAAUCUAUGGCUUCUUCAGGACCGAAUAAGAAGACUAAGAGAGAUGCUUCACACAUACUCCGGACAUCUGAAAACGGUGUUGUUGAGUCCGUUAUGCUAUCCGUUAAUGGGAAAGGCUUUCGUUUCGUCAAAGUUAAAGUCCGCUCUGUUCGUGUUCCACAGAUCGGAGAUAAAUUCGCUUCUAGACAUGGUCAAAAGGGAACUAUCGGAGUCACCUAUCGUCAGGAAGAUCUGCCCUUUAAUCGCGACGGGACAACACCUGACAUUAUCAUGAACCCACAUGCUAUUCCCUCUCGUAUGACAAUCGGACACAUUGUUGAGUGUUUACUUGGCAAGUACUACGCCAUUGUCGGGGGUGAAGGUGAUGCGACACCGUUCAUGGGUCUUCAGGUUAUGGACAUUACAGAAAAAUUAAAUUCCGUUGGUCAUCAACGUUUCGGAAAUGAACGACUUUACAGUGGUUUCACAGGACUCCCUCUUGAAAAUCUCAUCUUCUUUGGACCCACGUAUUACCAACGCUUGAAACAUAUGGUCGAUGACAAAAUUCAUAGUAGGGCACGUGGACCCAUUACUACUCUCACCAGACAACCCAUGGAAGGACGCAGCAGAGAAGGCGGCUUACGAUUCGGAGAGAUGGAACGGGAUUGUAUGAUAGCACACGGCGCUGCUAAAAUGCUUAAGGAACGACUCUUCGACCAAUCAGAUGCUUACCGCGUUCAUGUCUGUGACCUCUGCGGCCUCUUCGCCACCGCUGACCUCACACAAGGCCACUUCAGCUGCCCCGGUUGCCAAAAUGAAACGCAGAUUUCACAGGUCUGUAUCCCCUACGCAUGCAAACUACUCCUUCAAGAACUCAUGGCCAUGCAAGUAUACCCGAAACUUUGCCUCACCGUGGCUUGA